GAGACGGCGUCGCGGUUGCCGUGGCAACGGCGGGGCGGAGGGCCCGCGGUCACCGCCGUCACCCCGGCCAGUCCCCACAUCCUGGCCCCUCCCGGGGAGCCGCCGCACCGCCCCCGCCCGCACACCGGCCGAAAUAAGUAAACAUGAAUGAGGUAGUGGAGACUCUAAGAAACAUAGAGCAGAACUACAAGAUCUUCCAGCAGCAGCAGUUUACAUUUACCAGAGCAUUGGAUCACACCCGAGAGGAGGCCCAUGACUUGCUCAGACCUGUGGCCAGCAUCGUGCAGGUGCAGGUCCUCAAGGACCAACACUGCAUCAGUGCCACCGACAGGCGCAUCCUCAACAUGUUCAUCUCCAUCUGCAACGACCUCCGCAACCUCUGCCAGAAGCUGGAAACGGUGCAUCCCGGGGACCAGGUGACCAACGGCCUUUUGGAGAGGUGCAAAGUGCUCCUGAACGACAGCAAUGACCUCAGUGCCAUCAGGGCCACAUACCCCCACGGUGUUGUGAAUUACCUGAGCUUUGAAGAAGCAAGGCAUACUUACGGAGGUGUGGUGAGCCUCAUCCCCAUCGUCAUAGACCACCUGAAGGAGUGGGUAACCUACACUAAAAGGCACCUGCUGCAUCAAGUGAGUCAUGGACGUGGCAUCUCCAAGAAGGAGGCACCCACUUCCCAAAAACCAUCUUCUGUGCGCUUUGCAGCCCACACCUCCGUUAGUAACAAAAAUACUGUGCAAUUGCAGGAAAAGGAUUUCCAGAAGUUCCUGCUUGAAAAUCAACGUCCGAAACAAAAAGCUCCCUGGAGGCCACCGGGCAAACACCCCUAUUGAAGGAUCACACCUUCUGCUUACCACCUUUAGUCAGCUGGCUGAUUAAAGACAGUGAAAUGCAUACUAGAGAUCUGCCCUGAGUCCACUUCCUGAAGAGUUGCUCUGCCAGCCAGCCUGGGACAGACGCACACUCUCUCCCUUGCUGAUAUUUCCAGUCAAAGUCAUAUCCUGACAGAAGUAGCUGCAGCUACACCUGGUCCAUGGGACCAGCACUGCAGCGGGAGCAGGGAAUAGUCAAGAGUCAUCAGGUUGUAAUCCCUCAGACAUGAAUCUUGGACAAGCUACCUGAAAUGGGAUUUUACACUUUCUGAGGAACAUCCCCUCACUCGCCACAGCCAGCGGGGUGAAGAACCUGAGUGUCUGAAGGACAUGACCCAGAGCACCAAAGGCCUGUUAUUAUGGAUUCAGACAUGUCUUUGAGAUUUAGACUUGUCCCCAAAAUUCCCUCACCCUCACUGAAAUUGUUUGGCUUUCUGGACCCCAGGAUCCAUGUGUACAGGACACUGAUGUGUCUCCUGUACAUGCCACUGGCCACAGAGGUCAGUGUGCUCCAGCCGUGCUCUGCUCCACCUUUCCUGCAGGUUCUACACCACAGAACAUCUCCCCUUGACCUGUUUGACUCCUUUGCUAUCAAAGCCAGAGAUGUAAAGGAAAGCAGAGUUCAGUUUGCCCCUAGUUUGUGUGUACUGACACAAAACACCCCUGUGCUCCUCAGGCCUCUGCAAAACUGAAAGUCAUUUCCAACCCAAGUGAUUCGUUGGAAUCUGGUGGGAACAGAGAGGGUGAAAGCUGUGGCCACGUUCAGAUGGUUCCUUUUAAAACUGCAAGUUAAACUGUCUGUGCUUUCCCUUUUUCAAGAUGAGAAUCCAGCUUGUCUGGCUCUCAAGGAUGUCAGGAGGCUCAGUUCAUUAAAACAUGUGAAAUAUGUCUUCAUACCAGCUUUCAUACCAGCCCUUGGCAACUCCAGCACAGUUUAUCCCAGUGCUGGAAGCACCUCUCAUUCCAGCCUGCUCUGGGAGGGUCAGCAGAGCCCCGUUCUCUGGAGCUGAUAGAGGUUUUUAGGGUGCUUUUAAUCAAGCACUGUUAACUACAAACUGAAGAUCUGAGUGAUGCAGUGUCUGCCCUGUAUCUCACUGCUCUUUUCCCCUCCUGCAGGCAAAUCACCUCCUGCUCUUUGCUUCCUGUUGGAAGACACUCCUGAAUAAACAAUUUCCCUUUGCAUAUCUGGCUCAGUUUGCUAAAAUUAUGAGAAAGCUUCUGCCUUAAGAUGACCAUUCUCUGGCAACAAGCAGCUAAAAAAGGAGAAUUAAUACAGAGGAGGGAGCAUAGGGAGGAAUGAGAACUCAAGGGAAGUGGGAAGUAUUUUCAGCAGCAUUUUUAUUCCUCACAUAACCCCACUUUCUUUUGCACUUUUUUCCUAUCCCUAUCCACUGGUACUGCAGUGCACCCAAUCCUCUCUGGAGUAGAAGCCUAUUUUUAGGGAGAUAUCCAAGUGAACUGACCCUUGGUGGACUCAAAAUGGUAACGAAGGGUCACAGAGAGACUCCCGGGCACUCUUGGGGCCAAGGCCAGUGGAACGUCACCGUCACCCUCUCCGGCUGCACUUGAGAGCCCUGGUGCUGAGGCAGCUUCAGGCUGAAAAAUCCCAGUUGCUGGCAGCUGCCCUGUUGUGUUUCAUGUUGCAGACAAGUGUCCAAUGACAGUUGCUGCCUUGGAAAGUUUUUCAGAACAAGCCCAGGCUAUGAGGACUGAACGCUGACAAGUGUCAGGGACACGAGAGAUGCUGCUCCCAGAUCUUGUUUCCAACCUUCCUGGCUCUGUCCUAUAGUUUAAAUUUGAACACACACAGGCUCUGAUGAGACCAAAAUUAUCCUCCAGUUUGUAGGUCACUUUGAGCUUCCCUGUAUGAGCACAGCACAAAUGGCUGGGCAGAGCUGUCCUACCAAACCCAGCCCACCACCGCUGCUCAAACCCCAGCGCAGUUGUCAUUUUGCACUUGACCAAAGUGAUACACAAAAGAAACAGUUCCCAAAUCUUAAUAAUAAGAUUCAUACACACCUAAUAAGGUGAUACACACAUGAAACAGUUCCCAAAUCUUAAUAAUAAUUUCUAGCCUGGCCUUAUCCUUUCAGUCAGUGUCACGCAGCCAAAAUUUUAAGACCCAAGCAGAAAAAUGAGUGCAUAAAACUUGCAGUCUGAGGUUUGAUAAUGACAAGACCAGAAUCUGUUGGAAGACUGCAAAGUUAAGUCUCACAAAAACAUCUAGACAAAUUACUUAAUUUCCAUACAAGUUCUCCUCUUCCAGAGCGGAUGGACACUUCAAAAGACAAAAAGAUACAGCAAGAAUUGUUUUUCUCUACUACAAAUCAAGCUGUUUGAAGAAUUUACAUAAACA